GGAUGAACGAGUCAGCUUAGCUUGCGGUGUGUACUAGGGAAUUUUCCCACCGCAUAGCGCGGGAGAGAGAGAAAGGAACAACACGAGAAAGGAACAGGAACACACAUGAUUGGCUAAUAUUCUCCAAGCGGAAGAGACAAGCUUUUGUUACCGGACUUUGUUGGUUGAGGAGGUUGCUGUAAGAAGUUCUGUACUCAAUAAAAUAUCUCCCAUUUCUGAUAUUUAUUUAUUUCUUUCUUUCCCAUUUUAGGUAAAUUUCAGUCAGACGAUAUAUCGAAUCCAGAAGUUUGAUUAAUCUCUUCAACAUUGUAGAUUUUGAUUCCUUGAGGUAUAUGUGGAUAUGGGUAUUGGGAAAUUCUUACUUUUUUGAAAAGUAACCAGAAUUUUGGAGGUGGGUGUUGGAUAUUUUGAUUCCCAUGGGUAUUUGAAAAAGGAAUUUUACUUUUGAGGGAAAAUUUGGAAGUGGGGAUAAUAGAUUUUGACUCUUUUGGGAUUAUGCAGAGGUGGGUAUCAGAGAUUAGGAUUCUUUGGGAGAUAUCGCUAUUGGUGGUUGACAUUUGGGAUGAAAAAAUAUAGAAUAUCUUUGAGAUUGGUUAAGAAAAUGGGAUUUUGUUGAAAAGGAAUUUAAUGUGGUUUGUUGCAACAUGUAUGUUUGUUGGGUUUCUCGACGUUCACGAGGACUUGUAAGUAAUCUAUAAACAAUCACAUCAUGGCCAAUUUUUUCCAAUGGGUAGUUUCAGAGUGGGUUGUUCUUCAUUUGUCCGAAAUAGAGUGUGUAUGCAUAACAAAAUAAGAACAGUAGCUCUCUCUUUCUCUCUCUCUAGGAACAAAGAUUUACAACCAAUUCUUCUGCAUGUAUUUGAGAGACUUUGUUUUGGGUUGUUAUUAGUUUGGUAGGUCUAAGUAAUUUUGCUUGGAGAUUGAAGUAUUGCUUUUCACUUUUCCUUCAAAUUCUUUAUGUAAGUUCUCGGAUAGAUUAUGAUCAAUGUACUUUGUAUAGUCCAUUUUUAAUGAUUAAGGGAGGUGAGCUAGGAAGAAAUCUGGUUUGUUUUAUUCAAUAAUCUUCGAGCGCCAUGAGGUUUCUUAGCAUUGUGGGGAAUUCAUUCGGAUGUUCGGCAUCCGGGGAGCGCUUAGUUUCAGCAGCAAGAGAUGGGGACCUUCAAGAAGCCAAGGCAUUAUUGGAAUAUAAUCCUCGUCUUGCAAGAUAUUCGACUUUUGGUGUUCGUAAUUCCCCUCUCCAUUACUCUGCAGCUCAGGGCCACCAUGAGAUAGUCUCUCUCUUGGUUGAGUCUGGAGUUGAUAUUAAUCUCAGGAACUAUCGUGGUCAGACUGCUUUGAUGCAAGCCUGUCAGUCUGGUCAUUGGGAAGUCGUUCAGAUUCUGGUUGUUUUUGGAGCCAAUAUUCACAGAGCGGAUUAUCUGAAUGGGGGUACUGCUCUCCACUUAGCUGCUUUGAAUGGUCAUUCUCGGUGCAUUCGUCUCGUCCUUGGAGAUUACAUACCUAGCAUCCCCAAUAUCUGGAAUAUAUUACAGAAAAGAUCAGGCGGUGAAGAAUCGACCUUAGAAUUUGAUGAGGGUGCUCUCUGUCAGGUAAUUAAUAAGCCUGCUGAUGGAGGCAUCACUGCUCUCCACAUGGCGGCACUGAAUGGGCAUGUUGACAGCGUGCAAUUGCUCUUGGACUUAGGGGCUUCUUUUUCUGAGGUCACUGAGGAAGAUGGAACCACUAUUGAUCUAAUAGGUGCUGGAAGCACAGCUCUUCAUUAUGCUGCAUGCGGUGGAAAUGCACAAUGUUGUCAAAUUUUAAUUGCCAAGGGUGCGAGUUUGACUUCUGAAAAUGCAAAUGGAUGGACUCCCUUGAUGGUUGCACGUUCAUGGCAUAGAACUUGGCUUGAGGAAUUCCUUAGCACAGAGCCAGAAGGGCGGGUACAAGUUCUUCCUUCACCUCAUCUAUCUCUUCCCCUCAUGAGCAUUUUCAGAAUUGCUAGAGAAUGUGGAUGGAGGACUAGUGAAUCUUUACCCACAUGUCAAGAUCCAUGUGUCGUCUGUUUGGAAAGAAAGUGCACAGUCGCUGCAGAAGGUUGUGAUCAUGAGUUCUGCACACGGUGUGCCUUGUACCUUUGUUCUACAAAUUGCACCUCAACUGUUGCGAAAGGUCCCCCGGGCUCAAUAGCAUGUCCUCUCUGCCGGCAUGGCAUAGUUUCAUUUGUCAAGCUUCCUGCAACGAGACCAGUUGUCAAGGAGAUCGCCAGAACAAGUUUGUCUCUAUCAUUUUGCACGUGUUCAGGGGAAGAACUAGCGGCCUCUUCACUAGAAACCCCGUUUUGCAAGCCCAAGCUUCGUUGCUCCCGAAUUUCCCCUCUAGGAUCCUCUUUCCGCUCCCUGAGCUUCCGUAGGUUCCCGUCGAUGAAAAUCAACUAUAACAUUUGCAAGGAAGCUCCAGACAUUUGUUGUUCUUUAGUUCCCUGUACCGUAAACCGAAACUUGCGGAGUCACAUGACUAGGUGCUCAAAAUCAGGCUUUCGGCGAUCGGCCUCUGCAGGCAGAAGGUUUUGGCACUCUGCUCUAAAUCAAUAUGAGACUUCUGGUGGCUGAUGCUGAAAGUUAUAGAAUUUUAUGUUAUUCCACAUUUUUGUCUCCCCCUUUCUGCUUGUCCAUGCUUAAGAAUGAAGUUCCCUUUUGAUAAUGAUUAUUGGGUUUGUAAAUAUUAAUAAACGCCAGUUACCAGCCAUGGAAGGAAUGUUGAAACUCUCAUAAUGUGUCAAACCCAUGUACAUAUCAUUUCCCUGUUUUGUUGGCAGGAUGAUGGAAUACAAAAAUGAACUUGGGAAUCUCAGAAACUGUUUUGUGGAGGAA